ACAGGGCAAGGUCAACAGAUAGAACACUCUAACUGGGAACGCUAAGAUGGUAGACCAAGUCACCCCGGAACUCAUCCGACAAUACAGAGAGGACGGGGCCGUCUGUCUCCGCGGCGUCUUCGGCCAGGAAGUGAGGGACAAGGUCUGGCAGGGGAUGCAGAAAGUCAUGGCCAACCCGAGCAGCUCGAGCGUCAACAUGAAGUCUGAAGGAGGUGGCGUCUUUUUCAAUGACUAUGUCCGCUGGCAAGAGAUUCCAGAAUUUCAGGAUUUCAUCUUCAAUACUGCGGCGGCGGAGAUUGUUGGGCGGAUGAUGGAGUCAGAUUAUGUGAACUUCUAUUUCGACCACACGUUGUGCAAGGAGCCGGGGACCACGAAAACCACGCCAUGGCAUCACGACCAGUCCUAUCAGCCCAUGGAUGGUUAUAAGAAUAUUUCAAUAUGGAUGCCUCUGGACCCUGUGAUCAAGGAAAACACCUUAUGGUUCGUCAAGGGUUCACACAACUGGGACAAGUGGUUCUACCCAAGACAAUUUUCGACGACAGAAACCUAUAAAACCAUCAACGAUGAUGUCACUCAUCGGAAAUACGAAGAUGUUCCCCAUGAAGAAAUUGACAACAACCCGGAUAAAUACCCAAUAUUGCAGUGGACUUGUGAGCCUGGAGACAUCGUCAUUUUCCACAAUAAAUGUCUGCAUGGAGCUCCUGGUAACCCGCUCAAGACCCACCGGAGAGUCUUCGCAACUAGAUGGCUUGGAGACGAUUCUGUUCUGGCCAAACGACCAUGGGAAGCAGCGCCUCCUCACAUGGGUGGACUAAACUACGGCGACAAGAUAAGAGAUUGUGAAGCCUUCCCAGAAGUUUGGAGGAGACAAAAAUAAACAACGUGAUUUUACACAAACCUGCAUGGCUAAUGAAAACGAGUUGGAAUUCUGCGUAAAUUUCUUGAAUGUGAUUCAAUGAUAACAAGCGAAAUUGGUGAUACGUUCCCUUUGAUAUGGAAAAGACAUUUAAAAACUCCGAAUUGAAAGUUGAAAUUUAGACUGAUGAAAACUCACCAAACUCGGAAAAAAUACCACAUUCACAGUUUCUUUUGAUGAAGCUUAAAGAGACAAUGGGUAGGCUAUACUGGGGUAGGGGAUUAUAUGUUAGAUCGCCACUAUUGGCCGCAACUGGUACAAUACUGUUGCGAUAUCCAAUAAAUGACUUUUACCUGUCA